UAGAAAAACACUUGUAAAUUGUAAAUCACAAAUUAAACAACUGUGAUAAUGAUAUUCUACUACAUUAAAUGACAGAUAAAGCACUACUAUAAAAUGCGAUAAGGUGUUAGAAAUACUUUAUUUUAAAAUAAUACAACAUGGCAGCAGGUAACAUAAUUGUAACUGGAUUUGGUCCUUUUGGUGAGCAUCGAAUUAAUGCUAGCUGGGAAUGCGUAAAGCAGCUACCACAAGAAAUAGAUGGUUAUAAUGUAAUAAAAGAAGAAAUACCUGUGUCAUAUGAUACAAUUGAUAAGAAAAUUCAAGCAUUGUGGAAAGAAUUUAAUCCAGAGUUGGUUGUACAUGUUGGCGUUUCAAGUAUAGCAAACAAAAUUACCUUAGAAACUUGUGCAUAUAAGGAAGGGUAUAAUAGGAGGGAUGUUCAUGGAAAUUACCCUAAAAAUGGAACUCAGUGUUCAGCAGAUUGUUGUGAAAACUGUAUUCAAGUAGGAGUUAAUGUUAAUGAUAUUUCUAAUCACUUGAAUGCUACUAAAUCAGUCAAAGCAUGUGUAUCUGUUGAUGCUGGAAGGUAUCUUUGUGAAUAUGUAUUAUUUACGUCAUUGAGUGUGGAUAAGGAUAAAGCAAUGUUCAUCCACGUACCUCCACUGGGAAAACCUUAUACAGAACAAGAACUUGCAGAUGGUGUUUUAGAAGUUAUUCGAUGCGCUUUGAGGCAGCGAAAACAAAAAUAAUAUAACGUCUUUAAAUGUAUUUUUAUUGUAAUAAUACUCACAUAUUAACUAUUGCAGCAAUAUACAAA